CAUGAAUCGGGUGACAUAUUGGAUUAACAAAUUAGUCAACGCUGCUCUUCAGUGAAGAAGUGAACUUUUAGAGGAAACUAUCGCUUGAAAAGCACGAAUUUUUGUGAACAAAAUAUUGUGUUGGCUUUAUUUUCUACGUCUUCAAGUGUAAAAAUAUGUUGAGAAUGUGUUAACGGACUAUACUCUAGUCUGAACACCUUAAAUAGUUAAAUGAUCGGACUAGUGUAAUACUUUUCAGGGAAGCAAUAAUGAUAAAAGGAAAUCAUUGUUAGAAAAAGUAAAGCAAGAAUGAUAAAAGGAAAUCAUUGUUAGGAAAAGGUAAGUCAAAAUAUAUUGACGUGCCAAAGCAAGUUUCUGAGAAAUUUCCGUUCUGGGUCAGAAUCUCGCUUAGGCGAGAUAUUGCCCAGACACCACAAAAUAGCACAGUAUUUCGUCGCAAGGUAUAAUUAGUUGGACUAGAAAAAGGUAAAACUUAUUUUAUCAUAUUAAUUUUCUCAUAGGAUUUGAUAGAACUAAUAGAAACUGUUUCUUCUAUUUCCGUAAAAUGUAUGUUUGUAACUUUGACAAAUUCAUCAAAUUAUGAUACACGUCUCAUGUCAUUGUUCAUAAAAAGCAUAUGUUAGCUUAUGUAUGAGUUUCUUGUUUUAGUAGUCUAAAUACAUUGUCAUGCCAAAGCCAGGUUCUGAGAUAUGUUCCUUCUGUGUCAGAAUCUCGCUUUUACAAAUUCGCAGUAUUGAAGUUUUUCACACAGUUGUAAGCUGAUUUUAAUCAUUACGCUAAUUGUAGCUACAUUUGGAAUUAAAAGAAUUUCUGUCUCAAGCUUAAAUUUGUCUACGAAUGAUUUAUCAGAUGUAAAUAUUAUUUUACUAUAAUUAAAUAUGUCUGCUAUUGUUUUCCAUACAAUGACCUUAUAAACUAAUAAAUGUCUAUUCUAUUUUAUUUUACACGUAAUUCAUUUGACUAUUUUUAGAAAUGUUUCUUUAAAUAGUUUAUCGUGUGAUAUAUUUAGCUGUAAAAUUCCAACAGUUGUUUCUAUUUAUAAUCAAAACGGUUUUCCGGUUUCUGAUCCGUUAGCGAAAGGUUGCAUCCAUGCAACAUAACAAACGUCAGUUAGGAUAUAAUUUUAAUGAGAAAGGUAAAAGCUAUUCUUAUAAUACGCCUUCUAUAACCCUGUUAAUCUCUGUAUAAUUAUUAUAACUGGCUUUUUAUAUACAAAAUACCUAAGUUAUAAAACCGGUCAGAUAUUGAAAGAGGUUAACGUUAUAGUGUAAUAAACUACAAAUUUAUAUAGAAAUUGUUCAAAGUGCACUUGUAUCCGAUUGCGGAUCGAGAAAUUAAGUUUGAAAUAGACAAAAAAUUAAUUCAAUGAAUACAUAUUGCUUUAUCACUGAUUACAUUAUUCAUUGAAAAGUGAGAUUUUAAUUACGUAAAAUCAAAACUUUAGCGACAUUAGGGUCAUUAGGGUCAUUAAUUCAAAUUCCCAUUAAAUGCAAUGUUAUCAUUAUUUUUGAUCAUGGAUGAUUAAAAGGUAAUUAUUCAGUUGAUAAAUAAUUAUGCUAAUAUAACAGAAAUAGUUAUUAUAUUUAAAGUAUCUUUUAAUGUCAUUGUCAGAAUGAGGAAAAGUAAAUUCAGUGUUCUUGUCACGUAUUAAAAGAAAUCAUUGCUUGACAAGUUAUGGUUAACUUCUGAAACAAUGAAAUAAGAAACUUAAAUGUACCCUAAUUUGUAUUUUAUCUUCUAAAUUUGAAACACUAUACAAUCUUUGUGUUGUUUAUAAAAGUACUUAAAUAAAAACAUAAACUCAAACACAAAAAACGUGUAAUAAUAAUUUAACUAUUUUGAACUAUAAGCAUUGAUUCACACUGAUACUUUUGCGUAAGACUAUUCGUUUAUUAAUAUUAAGUUACUUUUGCACAUCAUUUAAUUAAUAUUUUAAAAUUUUGUACAACGUUUACUACUACUGAAAUGAUCAAUAUACAAAAACAUGUACUAACUUUUCUAUAACAAUAGAUAAACAAAUAAUACUUGUAUAUUAUACAUAAAAAUUGGGUUUCCUUUUUACAUUGUUCACUUUACAGAUGGCAGACAAAUAUUAUAGACUUGUUUGCUUUGUGGUAGAUAUAUGUGCUGACGUAUUAAGGAAAUAUUUUGUCAAACUUGCAAAAACCGAUGCUGGGAACACUUAUACAUCAGUUAUGGCAUAUCUAAAUCAAAGACAUAGAGAUGCAAAGCAGUUAUUGUGGCAGAAAAAGAUCAGGAACUAUCAGUAUAAUCUACUUUUUCCUAGUAACGGCAGAGCUGAUGAAAAUCAAUGGGAUAUAACAUUAAUUGUUACAUUAAUUGUUGAAUUAUAUCCGUCACACGAAAACUUUGCCUUAUCUGAAAUUCGAGAUAUUCGGAAUAAUUUGCAGCAUCACUCAAAUACUAGUAACAUUUCUGAUGACGAGUUCGACGAUUAUUGGGGACGUCUGAACACUGCUUGUAUGCGUAUAGUAAAUACAUGUUCUGUUAAAGAAGCCUUUAGUCCAAAAGAUAAAGUUGCAUUUCAAGAUAAAAUCAGUAAAGCAAAAUGUAACAAUCUUCCAAAUAUCGGAGAUUGUCUACGUUGUUGGUACGAGGAAAGAAUUAAGCAGAUGGAAUCAACUACUGAAGAAACAAACAAAAUUAUUCGAAAAGUGACUGUCGAAAAACCGGGACCUUCAGGGGAAAACAAUAAAAGAUUUAAAGCUUUUGAUGGCAUACUGGCAAAACUCCGAAAGGGAUUCGAGUUAUCGAUGAAGGACUUUCCAGACGAUUUCAAUGCUCCAAAUGAAGUGACAGACAUUCGAGCUAAACUUAGAGAUUGCCAUCACGUGCUUGUAGCCGGAUGCAACAAUAGCCGUUACUUUGAGACCGCUCUUGCAGCAAUAAAGGGGAUGGACUAUAACUACAAACGAAGCGUAGAAAUGCAUACGUCAUCUGAUUGGCGGCACAUUGAUCCAGAAGAUGUAGAUUUGGUUUUAUGUAGAGAUCCAUUUGGGGGAGUUUCUUACGAUGAAAGCAAAGCUAAAGCCAUGGAUGAUAUAUUUACAAGCAUGAUGCAUUCAACAAAGACAGAUAAUGGUGAUAAAACAUUGGACAUUGUAAUAGUAACAGACCUGAAUAUAUUGGAAGAGUGCAAAAUGCAUCAUGAUCAUGAAUUCCUAGACGAAGUGGUAAAGGUGUUUACUGAUACAAGUUCAACACAACCAGCUGAUCUUACAAUAGGAUGUAGACGUAAAGGACAAUACGCGCAAUCGUCUUCGCUGCCAGUAACCAGAAAUAAUUUGGGAGCUUUAACGGAAUGUUUCCUGAAGGCUUAUGAGAUAUCCAGUGCUCAAGUAAAUGAUCAGAUACUUACAAAAGCAAAGAGAAGUUUCCAAGUUUAUAAGGCCAUAGUAUUAACAGGGCAUGAGAAAUGUGGUAAAACUUCUAUAGCUGUUGCAUUGGCGUCUGCUUAUGAUGUAAAAGAAUGUUUACUUCUCAAGAAACCUAAUGAUGUCAAUUACAUUGACUUCCCAAACAUCUGCUUGGUGAUCAUAGACGAGUUUGCUGGGAAAUAUCGUUAUGAGGAGAAUGAUGUGUACAAAUGGUACAACAUGUUUGACCAUCUGUAUAAUGCCGUUAUAGCAGGACAUAUGAACGUGAUAAUGACGUGUGAAAAGCGUAAACUAGACAAAUGUAUCAACGAAAUUGGACGGCAUGCCAUUCUUGACCACGUGGUGGAUGUACCUUUACAAAAAGCUGUCGUUAAAUUAGAAGUAUCUGAACGAAUACAAAGUCAAAUACAGGCGAAAAGAGGAUUUUCUGGAUUGGAAAGGGUAAUGCAGACUGAGACAGAUGAUUUGAGUGUAAAGAGAUCGAGGUCAAUGUCGUCUGGUUUAUGGUCAGCCGAAGAGAAACGUGAGAUUAACAUCAGGAUCAAGGAUGAUAGGAAGCAUUGUGACCUUUCAGGAAGUUGUAUACUACCUUCAGGAGAAAUUCUUCUUUCAGAUUUCUAUAACAAAACAUUAAAGAAACUUGAUAACAUGUAUAAAGUAAUCAGUGUUUGUGAUCUUCCUUGUAUACCAUAUGAUGUUUGUUAUGUCGGGGAUAAUGUAGCUGUUGUAUCACUGUUGAUGAAACUUCAGUUUGUUGAUACUAAACGUAGUAUGACACUGAUUAGAUGCAUUGAUACAGAUCAACUUUGUCGUGGUCUGGCUUGUCAUGGUGAUCAGAUGUAUGUUAGAGACAUUAAUGGUUCAAUUUAUAGAUAUAGUACAGAUGGAAUAAAGCAGCAGGUGAUUUAUUCAACUAUAAUUUCUUAUAAUCCUUAUAACAAAAUUACUGUGAGUAAUGAUGGAAGUAAGUUAUACUUUUCAUGUGAGAAUCAGCUUGUUACCAUUGACAAAAAUGGAAACCAUUUGUUUACAUUAAACAAUGCAAAAAUACAUGGCAGAUGUAGAGUUUGUGUAGAUGAUCAAGGCUAUGUUUAUGUAAAUGGUAGGAAUGGGAAUAUUUUACAAAUAAGUGAAGAUGGUAUGAUUUUACUUCAGGUCAUACCAAGGGUAUAUGGCAUGACUAAUGCACGUUCAUUAACAUUUGAUAGGAAAAAUACAGCUCUGAUUAUAGCAGGGUUGUCAGAUGAAAUUAGUGUUUUUAAACUGAGGUCAUAAUGUGAAACUCAAACAAGAUGAAUAGGAUACCAUGAUCAAUUUAAUAACUUUAAGAUUUCUUAAUAUAUACUACACUUUAUUUGUUCCGGCAUAAUGCCAAGUAAGUUAGAAUUAUUCCUCACUAGAUGGUGGAACAAACUUGAUUUUUCUGGCUUUACUUCAAUGCAUGGAUAGUGUAAGAUAUAUAUGUUUAUAAACUUUUAUAAUUUAAGUUACAACAUAAUAUUUUGUCAUCUCCUAUUUUUUUUAUCUGAAAUGGAGUCAAUUAGUCGAUGCACAUAUUUACAACACUGUAUUCUACUCAGUCACUGUUAACAGUUGUUUCAUGUGUGAUCUACCAAUUGAUGAUUCAAUUAUAAUAAUUUAUUUCAUAGAACUAAAGUGUUUGAAAAGUUUGUAAAGGUUUCAACAAUUAUAUAUAGAUCUGUAAUAUGGACCAAUGUAACUUUUUUUUCGUACCAUGUGUAUGUGUCCUUGAAGAGAAUAAUAACGCAUUUUUUCUUUUAAUUAGGGAGCAUAGACCGCUUUCCAUGGUGAUAAUUAUACUUCCUUAAUGUAUUAGGGACUUCUCAUUUAAUAAAAUCAUUGGCUGAAAUAGUA